UACGGAAAGGGACGAGUGGUGACAAAUGACCAGUAGCGGGAAAAGCCGGGCGUACUCGGAUGUACCCACACACCUAUGACGUUUUUCGCGGGAAGUAAGAAAAUCGUGUCUGAACCUUAGACGCAGUGACGGUCGUGUUUGCUGUUGCCAAGCUCACUGAGAAGUGUCAGUACACGGUCGUUGUUCCCCGUUGAUUUAGCUCAAAGAACCUCAGUGUAUGGGACGAGAAUAUACUGGGUAGAGCCACUGUCAGCCUUUUGAAUUUUUCUUGAAGCAAAUGGUGCAAGAGGAUGUUUCUUCGGAAUGUUCGUCGUCCACAGUCAGCCCAAGUUUCCAAUGAAUGUGAUUCUCAUGCAGCAACCUUUAUCCAGAUGGGGGACAGCAAUGGAUACAUACGACCAUGGACAGCACAUCCUAAAGUACGGUCAGAGGUUUCACCAAGGAGAAUACCAAGACAACAUCUUUGCAAGUCUCACAUGCAUGUGCCUGGCAGAAACACAGAAGCUCACAUUGAUACUGUGUCAAAAUUGAAUUUCCAAAGCUAUGAAAACCUCCAUGAUCUCGGAGACACAGAAGGAUUCGGUAAACCUGGUACCGAUGAAAAUCCAAGAGUGACAACAGGGCCUCAGAUAUCUCAGGAAGAAGGUAUUUCACAGGGCACCCGUCACCUUUCAUUCGAAAACUGGGUAGAUGGCUCACCCGUGGAUUCUGAGGAAUAUGACACUGAUGUUGAAGAAGAAAAGAAGCCAGUGUCUAAGAAGAGCAACCUUCUCUCGGACCCAACUGGCAUUUUUACAUAUGAAGAACAGUGCCAGAAACAUGGUUGUGUACCUAUAUCGUAUUUACGACGACAUUUGAAUAAGAGGAAUAUCCAUAUGAGACAUCACUACCUUGGUGGUCUUGCAACAAAACCUGUGGCUACUGCUCUCAAGCGUAACACAGUAACGGAGCAUGUGGACCUGGCAGACAACUGUGUUGAGGGAGCAGGGGCAUACUACCUUGCUGACAUGCUCAAAGAAAAUAUGUUCAUUGUAUAUUUGAAUUUGGCUAAUAAUUUUAUCCGGUCAACUGGAGCAGCAGCAUUUGCUGGAAUGCUGGAAGUGAACACCACCCUGAAGACACUGUCACUGGCAGGUAAUCAGCUGCAAGAUAGAGAUGCAUGUAACUUCGUAGAGGCUCUAAAGAACAACAUGUCCCUGACCUGUCUGGACCUUAGUCACAAUGAGUUUGGAGAGAAGGGAGGAGAAAUGAUUGGCUCAGCAUUGAAUGCCAAUGAUGGUCUGACUGAUGUGGACCUCAGCUGGAAUGCUAUUAGAAACAAGGGUGCAGUAGCCAUUGCAAAGGCUUUGAAGACAAAUGCAACCUUGGAGGUUCUUGACCUGUCAUGGAACGGCUUUGGUCUCACUGGAGCAGAAUCACUUCAACAGGCUCUGCAAGUGAAUACAACACUUAAAGUGUUAGAUCUCACUAACAAUCGCAUCAAUAGUCAAGCUGCAUUGAAACUAGCUUUGGGAUUAAAGAAAAACUUUGGCCUGGAAACACUUGUGCUGAAUAUGAACCCACUGGGAGAUAAUGGUGUGGAAGCCAUCUUAAAGGCUGUGGCAACACAUGACAGUCUCAGAUUGCUGUCAAUGGAGUGCCGUGGAGGCUUGCAGACAUUAAUCAGAAGAUGAGGAUGGUUUGCUUUCAUGCACAUCAGUUGAGUGCAAGUGGAAAGUUCCAAGAAAAAGGAAGUUGGAUCCAAUGAAAUCGGAUGACUUGAACCUGAUGUCAAGUGGCAGGAAGAGUGAACAAAAAGGUACUGAGACUACACAAGGUACUGUCGGAAUACAGAAUGGAACAAUCAACAAAAGAUCAAUGUGUCCCCACAGCAACAUGCCGCAGACAACAAUAAAUCUCACAAGAUAUAAGAAGAAGUUAGUUGGUCAUGAAACAAAAAGUAAAUGUGGAUAUGUUGUUAAUACAUCUACUGUUACUCAAGCUCCUGAACCUAUGCCAGAACUUCCCAAAAUACCAUGCAUUGAUCAUUGUAUUCCUGACUAUGUUGAUAUUAAAUCCCCAACCUGUCAAACUACCUUUCAAAAUCAGAAAAGUAUGUGAGGUCAAUAGAGAGAAUAACAAGAGGACAACAUAAAACAGUUUUGGAAGGAAACCAGAUUGGAAAGGAUAACAAGUUCACAGUUUGGCAAAGUAUUUAUCCGACAGACAUCUCCAGCUCCAGAUAGACUUGUAUGUCACCUAAUGGGAUAUCGGGGCGAAUUUGGUACCAGACAUACCAGAUGGGAACUUUCAAUUGAAUCGGCAGCAAGGAGGCAGUGUAGCAACAAAAUGGCAGGUCUUCAUCCACAGUUGAAAGUGUCUCAGUGUGGACUAAUUGUGAAUACAGACUACCCUCACCUUGCGACUAGCCCUGAUGGAUUUGUUUCAUGAACAGAUUGUAGCAUUAAUCAACAUGGCUUAGUAGUAAUUAAAUGUCCAUCUGUUUUCAGAGACCUAACACCAGAAGAGGCUGCAUCAAAUACAAAUUUCUUCUGCCAUAUUGUGGACAACAAUGUGACUCUUAAAGAAAACCAUGCAUUCUACUUUCAAGUACAAGGACAGGUGGCCUUGACCAAAAGAACUUGGUGUGGACUCUCAAAGGGAUAUCUAUUGAAAGGAUCACAUUUGACGAGGCUAAGUGGCAUCAGAUGGUCACAAGGCUUCGCAGUUUCUGUCAGCCAUUAUUCCUGAAAAAUAUACCUGACGUGUCCAGCCAGGUGUUUCACCGUAUCAGAUUGACUGUUGUACUACCAUCUUACCAGUUGUUUUAUCCUAAGCUGACUCAGUCGAGUCAAUUCAAUGUUUCACUCAAUACGAUAUCAUACCUUUCUUUGAUAGUCAUAGAUACUUACCAUUCAGUGAGUGAAAUGUUACUUAACACCGCAUUUACGGCGACUGACCAUUCAGAUAGUAAGUCUUAAGCUUAGACAUAGGAUAUCUGCUUCUCCUUGUAAUUUCUUGAACCAUUCUAUUAAGCCAUAACAUGUCAUUUCAAGACGUUACAGAAAAUAUGUUAUGAUAACAUGGACGACAUGAUUAAAGAAAAUUGUCAAGCGUUUUUUUCUUUUAUUUUAAGUUAUUGUUACAAAAAUUAGUAUCAUGGGACUAUGAUCCUGCUGUCACAGCUAAAACAUGAAGUUGUUUAUCCAUUUAUAUGAAGUGUCAUGAUUAUUAUAUCACUGCUUUGAUUCAAUAAGUAAAACAAAAAUAGACAACCAGUAGGUGGUCAUGUCAAUAGUCAUAUUUUUCAAAGUUCAAAUUUUUGAAGAACAUAUGUUGAUUAUGUAUGGACAAAAAUAGACUUAUUUGGCUCAAUGUAUUUAAUACAAAAUUGUUAUCAUGAUACCAUGAUUAUGAAGUUUAACUAUUUAGCAAGGAACUGUCAUCAAAGAAGUAAUUUUCAUCAAUUUCUUGGUCAUGAGGAUAAAGGGGAGGAAGCAGAGUAGUCAAAGCUUUACAGAUUUUACAGAUUUUGUUCACAGAUUUUGAAAUUGUAAUUGUAAUUACACACUGCCAAAUUCUGAAAUUCUUGACACAUUUCAUGUGAGUAGUAUAGACAAUGAUGGUUCUACCCCAACCCCACUGGAGCCAGAUUUAUACCCAAUACUGCUACUACAGAGGUAAUUUUUUAUGCAAAAAUGAUGAUGCGAUUCAACAAUCGUCAUAAGACUAAACUAAAUUGUAAUGAAAAUGUUCUCUAUUAUUUCUCGUACACAUACCAUUAUUUUAAACAAAAGGAUAUUCAACAUUUUAACUAAUGUAAGCAGGAUACGACAGGAAACAAUCUAUUUUUAAUCUCCAACCAGUUCUUUGGUUUUGGCACGUUUGGCAUGGAAUAAUUGACACGCUUGUUGUCUCCCCUGUUCUAUGAACUUUUUUUUUUUCGUCAAAGCUAAUACAACUGGUCUUAUGAGAAUUGGAUCGAAUCUCCUGCUUUAUUGUAUUGUAUUUGGUUAGUUCUGACAACACUAAACGAAACUCCUCCUCGGAUAGACCAUGCUGUUGAAAUAUGAUCCUCAAUGCUAUUCAACUUUGCUUCAGCGAGUAUCAGAAUAUUAUUAUGUUUUAAUGCUUUCUUUUGCAACUUACGAGAAAUAAAUUUUAUUGCUAUUCCUGCCAGUCCUGAGACUCCGGCUGCUACUUCCAUACCAAGUACGAUAGGCGCAGCGAUUAUAGUUGAUAAUAAACCAACACUGGACACACCGAGUCCCAUAUGCCAGCUGUUACAAGCGCAAUUUUACUCAGAUCUGAGAAAUAGUCUUAUACCUAAGUAUUACCAUUCACAACCUUCAUUUGAUAAAUUUUGCACUCUUAUGUCUUUCCAAAAUGAACAUGUUAUUAAUAAAUUAGCUAAAUAUAUUUUUCUUGCUUUCAAGAAAUGACAACAGUUUUUCAAAUGUUUGCAAUAAUUCAAUUGUUUCACUAUGUAUACCCCUGAUAUUAUUUGGCGCCUGCGAUUGUUGUAAUCCACUGUAUCCAUAUUGUAUAAUGGGCCGGUGGCCUCUUUACUGAAAUAAAUUCAAUCACUCACAAGCGCUGUGUCAACUCCAUCGAGAACAUUCACAGCUCUGCGAUACUUUUUAUACAAUCCAAGUCCAAAC